AUGGAACUCAUCUGUCCCCCUCUGCCCGAGUUCGAGGCCCGGCUGGGACGCCAUUGGGGUCUGGGCACGCAUCCGCACUACAGCCUAUCACCCGGCUGCCAACGGGAUGGUCAAGCACUUUCACCGACAGCUGAAGACCCCCCUACGCGCCGCAGUCGAUCCGGAGAACUGGACGGACCGCCUCCCCCGGAUCUGUUGGGCAUCUACCCCUCC